AGGAGCAAAAUAAUUUUCUUUUCCCCUGUUUUCACUUUCCCCACAAUAAACGGAGAAUUCUGACGCUGAUGGCUGACCCGUACGUACAAGAUCUAGUAGCGGCGCUGGAUGAAAAGUUAGCAUUGACUGCUGAUGAGGAUGUGGGGCUCGAUUUGGAUGCUAAGGGGCCAGUCGAUCAAUCUGAAGGAGGAGCAACAUGGUGCCUGGUGGGCAAACUAUUGAUCAGGAAGCAGUAUAAUAUGGAAGCCUUAGAAAACACUUUGGCCAACUUGCAACGGGUGUUGGCGGAGGGCCCUUGGCACUUUGCUAACCAUACUAUGGUACUGAAGGAGGUUCGCGGAGGUAGACGGAUGGCAACUGAGGACCUUGUUGAGGUGCCGUUUUGGAUCCAGAUUCAUGGUGUUGAUAUUAGGAGGCCACUUCGUCGUGGUAUGAAACUAUCCCUGAAAGAUGGACCGCUCUGGGUGGAUUUUAGGUAUGAACAUCUCCAAAACUUCUGCUACUGUUGUGGAAUGCUCGAUCACGUGGACCGUGAUUGUGAACUAGGCUUGGAUAUGGAGAUGCUGGGUAAACGUAAAUGUCCAUAUGGGGAUACACUAAAAGUGCUGCCACGCCGCCUGCAGCAAGCAACCUUUGUGAAUACAAGACAGUGGCUCCGAGAUGGUUCUGGAAAUUAUGUGGCGGACGGAGCCCGACGGAGGCGUUCGAUGCCAAAUAUGGAAAGCCAGAGGACAAUAGAAUCAAGCAAACCCCGUUGUAGUAAUCCUAGCCUUAGCCUUGAUUGGUGGAACAAUAGACUCAAUUUGGUGGCAGAACCUGCGGAUGGUAAUCACGCACUGAAUCAGUUACCCUUAAAUGGCAGCGAUACGCCUUGCUAUGACAGCUCCAGAGAGAGGAUUCUGCGGGGGAAUGCUAUCAACAGAGCUCAAAUCUCUUGGGCGGGAGGAAUGAGCAUUCAAAUUAUGAGGCCCCACACACCUCAAGUUUCAGCCCAAAUGGCACAGAAUGUAGAAAUGGACCCAGUCUUUGUCUUCUCAUCAGGGCUGAACACAGGGGAGUCAGGAUCUCAUACUAGAGCCUGGAAGAAGGAGGCUCGACAUGGUAGGCCUACUACUCACUCCCCUCAGAACCAUUCUGGUAUAAUGAAAAGGAAGGAGGAGUUGAAGGAACAGUUGACGAGUAAAGAGGUUACUGCUGAAAAGAGGUGCAAAGGGGUAGAGGAGGGUAACACGAUGAUUCCAACGGCAGGUGCUGCUAUGCAGGCUUGCCGAACCCCAUGAGUUUGUUUUGUUGGAGAGCUCUAAAUAAAAAUUCAAGGACUAA